CUUCAACCUCAUCAAUUUUUGGAACCAGUUGGAAAGUCAGGGAUGACCCUGGAUGCUCAGAUGGAUGUCAAGGAAAAGUGUGUCCUAAAUGUGAUGUCAUAGGAGAGAAACAAAGACGCUUUUACAAAGCCUUGUAGCACAAUCACCGACAAACUGGGGCCAUUUAAAGGCUGCCAUACUAAAGUGAAUCCAAAUCAGUUUUAUGAGGACUGCGUGUAUGAUAUGUGUAUGUACGGUGGCCAUUCGUCAGCCCUCUGCAGUGCUCUUACUGCAUACACAGCUGCUUGCCAAGAUGCGCUUGGCAAAGUGGAAUCCUGGAGAACCAACAGUUUCUGCCCUGCAUCCUGUAUGGACAACAGCCACUAUGAGGUUUGUGCAACAGGAUGUUCCCAGACAUGCCAUGGCCUAACUGAGCCCAAAGCCUGUGAGGGCACUCCCUGCAUUGAAAGCUGUAUAUGUGAUGAGGGCUUUGUCCUGAGCGAUGGUGAGUGUGUGGCUAUGGAACAGUGUGGCUGUUCUUACGAGGGCCGCUACUAUCAACUGGGUCAGGAGUUCUUCCUUCAAGACAAGUGCCAGCAGAGAUGUGAGUGCAAAGAGAAUGGAAGAGUUCAGUGUAAUGAUGCAUUCACCUGCAAACCAAACGAGAAGUGCCAGGUCCUGAAUGGAGUUCAGGGCUGUUUCCCGGAGAGCAAAGCAGUUUGUUCAGUGUCAGGCUUUGGGCUUUAUCAGUCAUUUGAUGGGAAGUCCUUCACUGUUGAAGGAGACUGUGAGUAUAGACUGGCAGAGUCAGCUCAGGACAAGGAUAAGGACAUGAGCUACUUCAGUGUGUUAGUGAAACAGCAGUCCUCCUCUGAGAUAGUCCUUACUCGAAGAGUGGAAAUACAAAUAGAACAAUCCACGAUUACUUUGCUGCCUGGCCACAUCUGGGAGGUUCAGGUGGACAAUGUUAAAACCAAUCUCCCUGUGACUGUGGAUGAAGGACUGGCACAAGUCUAUCAGAGCGGUGUUAACAUUGUUGUGGAAACAGACUUUGGACUGAAACUGACGUAUGAUACAGUCUCAAUGGCCAAAAUCGAGAUCCCAUCCACUUUUAAAAAUGCAGUCAAAGGUCUCUGUGGUAACUACAAUGGAAACAGUGCAGAUGAUUUUCUCCUACCAGGCGGUAUUCAGACAUCUUCCGUGGUAGAUUUUGCUGAGGCCUGGGUUUCGCCAUCAGACAAAAUGAUGUGCCAAACAAUUUGUGGCUCCAAAUGUUUAAAUCCAGACAAAGACAAACAGACAGAGGCAGAAACAUCUUGCAGUAUGCUAAUCGCAGAGAAGGGACCAUUUUCUAGUUGUUAUGAAAAAAUUCCACCUCAGAAAUUCUUUGAUGAAUGUGUCAAAGAUGUGGCAGCACAACCAAAUGACAAGACAGUUCACUGUCGCCACAUACAGAGGUAUGUUGCCAGCUGUCAAGAGAUUGGGACAUCAAUCAACAGCUGGAGGAAUAAAACGUUCUGUCCACUCACAUGUUUCAAAAACAGUCACUAUGAACUCUGUGCUGACACCUGUUCUUCAACCUGUGCAAGCCUGACAAAAUCACAGAAAUGCCCAAUGUGUCAGGAAGGAUGUCAGUGUGAUGAUGGCUUCUUGUUUGAUGGAGGUGAAUGUAAGACUUUGGAUAGUUGUGGUUGUCACGCAGAUGGAAAGUUUUACAAGUCUGGUGAGACAGUCAUUCUGGGAGAGUGUGAAGAAAAGUGCCUCUGCAAAGCUGGAGUGUUCUCCUGUGAACCCUUGGAAUGUAAUGAAAAUCAGAUCUGUGGCAAAAAAGAUGGUGCCCUUGGGUGCUACAACAAAGAAACUUACUGUCCAGUCAACAUGCAUUAUGAUGCCUGCGGCACAGCCUGUGCUCCCUCUUGUGCAGAUCGAAAUGGUCCAGAUGAGUGCACACUGCCAUGUGUGGAAGGCUGCCUGUGCAAUGCAGGUUUUGUCCGCAGUGGAGAUGAAUGCAUACCUGUGAAAAAGUGUGGCUGCACUUACAAAGGCAGAUAUUAUCUAGCAGAUCAGACAUUUUGGGGUGAGAAACAAUGCACAGAGAAAUGCGUGUGCAACUCUCAAACUGGAAAUGUGGAAUGCACACCAACAAAGUGUAAGAAUCCCCUAGUGUGUGGCACACGGAAUGGAGUGAAAGAUUGUUACCCAUUGUCCUAUAGUACCUGCCAGGGUGCAGGGGAUCCACACUACCGCACAUUUGAUGGUAAAACCUUUGAUUUCCAAGGUACCUGUACCUAUUAUUUAUCUAAGGUACUUAAUACAGCUGACCCAUCAUUGGUACCUUUUGAGGUACUGGUCAAGAAUGAGAACCGUGGAAGAAACAUGGCGGUUGCUUAUACCAAGAGUGUAUCAUUAACAGUCUAUGGAUACACGAUUGUCUUGAGUAAGGAAAGCCCACGCAAAGUGAAGGUCAACAAUCUCUAUGUGAAUUUGCCAUUUGAACUAGAAGAUGGUCGACUUUCAAUAUUCUACAGUGGGUACUUUGGCGUGAUAAAAACUGACUUUGGUCUGACUUUGAAAUUCAACUGGGAAAGCCACGUAUCACUGACUCUCCCCAGCACUUACUACAGUGAAGUGGGGGGGCUUUGUGGCAACUGGAACAACAAUGUCAAUGAUGAUUUUCUUACUCCUAACAACACCCUUGCUUCAACCUCAACAAUUUUUGGAACCAGCUGGAAAGUCAAGGAUGACCCUGGAUGCUCAGAUGGAUGUCAAGGCAAAGCGUGUCCUAAAUGUGACGCCGCAGAGAGAAACCAAGUCACUUUUACAAAGCCUUGCAGCAUGAUCACUGACAAACAGGGGCCAUUUAAAGGCUGCCAUACUAAAGUGAAUCCAAAUCAGUUUUAUGAGGACUGCGUGUAUGAUAUGUGUAUGUACGGUGGCCAUUCGUCAGCCCUCUGCAGUGCUCUUACUGCAUACACAGCUGCUUGCCAAGAUGCACUUGGCAAAGUGGAAUCCUGGAGAACCAACAGUUUCUGCCCUACAACCUGUAAGGCACACAGCCACUAUGAGGUUUGUGCAACAGGAUGCCCGCAGACCUGCCGUGGCCUCACUGAGCCCAAAGCCUGUGAGGGCACUCCCUGUGUUGAAGGCUGCACAUGUGACAAAGGCUUUGUCCUGAGCGAUGGUGAGUGUGUGGCUGCACAGCAGUGUGGCUGUUCUUACGAGGGCCGUUACUAUCAACUGGGUCAGGAGUUCUUCCCUCAAGACAAGUGCCAGCAGAGAUGUGAGUGCAAAGAGAAUGGAAGAGUUCAGUGUAAUGAUGGAUUCACCUGCAAACCAAACGAGAAGUGCCAGGUCCUGAAUGGAGUUCAGGGCUGUUUCCCGGAGAGCAAAGCAGUUUGUUCAGUGUCAGGCUUUGGGCUUUAUCAGUCAUUUGAUGGGAAGUCCUUCACUGUUGAAGGAGACUGUGAGUAUAGACUGGCAGAGUCAGCUCAGGACAAGGAUAAGGACAUGAGCUCCUUCAGUGUGUUAGUGAAACAGCAGUCCUCCUCUGAGAUAGUCCUUACUCGAAGAGUGGAGAUAAAAAUAAAGCAAUCCACGAUUACUUUGCUGCCUGGCCACAUCUGGGAGGUUCAGGUGGACAAUGUUAAAACCAAUCUCCCUGUGACUGUGGAUGAAGGACUGGCACAAGUCUAUCAGAGCGGUGUUAACAUUGUUGUGGAAACAGACUUUGGACUGAAACUGACGUAUGAUACAGUCUCAAUGGCCAAAAUCGAGAUCCCAUCCACUUUUAAAAAUGCAGUCAAAGGUCUCUGUGGUAACUACAAUGGAAACAGUGCAGAUGAUUUUCUCCUACCAGGCGGUAUUCAGACAUCUUCCGUGGUAGAUUUUGCUGAGGCCUGGGUUUCGCCAUCAGAUAAAAUGAUGUGCCAAACAGUUUGUGGCUCCAAAUGCUUAAAUCCAGACAAAGAGAAACAGACAGAGGCAGAAACAUCUUGCAGUAUGCUAAUUGCAGAGAAGGGACCAUUUUCUAGUUGUUAUGAAAAAAUUCCACCUCAGAAAUUCUUUGAUGAAUGUGUCAAAGAUGUGGCAGCACAACCAAACGACAAAACAGUUCACUGUCGCCACAUACAGAGGUAUGUUGCCAGCUGUCAAGAAAUUGGGACAUCAGUCAACAUCUGGAGGAAUAACACCUUCUGUCCACUCACAUGUUUCAAAAACAGUCACUAUGAACUCUGUGCUGACACCUGUUCUUCAACCUGUGCAAGCCUGACAAAAUCACAGAAAUGCCCAAUGUGUCAGGAAGGAUGUCAGUGUGAUGAUGGCUUCUUGUUUGAUGGAGGUGAAUGUAAGACUUUGGAUAGUUGUGGUUGUUACGCAGAUGGAAAGUUUUACAAGUCGGGUGAGACAGUCAUUUUGGGAAAGUGUGAAGGAAAGUGCCUCUGCAAAGCUGGAGUGUUCUCCUGUGAACCCUUGGAAUGUAAUAAAGAUCAGAUCUGUGGCAAAAAAGAUGGUGCCCUUGGGUGCUACAACAAAGAAACUUACUGUCCAGUCAACAUGCAUUAUGAUGCCUGCGGCACAGCCUGUGCUGCCUCUUGUGCUGAUCGGGAUGCCCCAGACAAGUGCACACUGCCAUGUGUGGAAGGCUGCCAGUGCAAUGAUGGUUUUGUCCGCAGUGGAGAUGAAUGCAUACCUGUGAAAAAGUGUGGCUGCACUUACAAAGGCAGAUAUUAUCUAGCAGAGCAGACAUUUUGGAGCGAGAAUCAAUGCACAGAGAAAUGCGUGUGCAACUCUCAAACUGGAAAUGUGGAAUGCACACCAACAAAGUGUAAGAAGUCCCAAGUGUGUGACACACGUAAUGGAGUGAAAGAUUGUUACCCAUUGUCCUAUAGUACCUGCCAGGGUGCAGGGGAUCCACACUACCGCACAUUUGAUGGUAAAACCUUUGAUUUCCAAGGAACUUGUACCUAUUAUUUAUCCAAGGUACUCAAUACAGCUGACCCAUCAUUGGUACCUUUUGAGGUACUGGUCAAGAAUGAGAACCGAGGAAGAAACAUGGCGGUUGCUUAUACCAAGAGUGUAUCAUUAACAGUCUAUGGAUACACGAUUGUCUUGAGUAAGGAAAGCCCACGCAAAGUGAAGGUCAACAAUCUCUAUGUGAAUUUGCCAUUUGAACUAGAAGAUGGUCGACUUUCAAUAUUUUACAGUGGGUACUUUGGCGUGAUAAAAACUGACUUUGGCCUGACUUUGAAAUUCAACUGGGAAAGCCACGUAUCACUGACUCUCCCCAGCACUUACUACAGUGUAGUGGGGGGGCUUUGUGGCAACUGGAACAACAAUGUCAAUGAUGAUUUUCUUACUCCUAACAACACCCUUGCUUCAACCUCAACAAUUUUUGGAACCAGCUGGAAAGUCAGGGAUGACCCUGGAUGCUCAGAUGGAUGUCAAGGAAAAGUGUGUCCUAAAUGUGAUGUCAUGGAGAGAAACAAAGACGCUUUUACAAAGCCUUGUAGCACAAUCACCGACAAACUGGGGCCAUUUAAAGGCUGCCAUACUAAAGUGAAUCCAAAUCAGUUUUAUGAGGACUGCGUGUAUGAUAUGUGUAUGUACGGUGGCCAUUCGUCAGCCCUCUGCAGUGCUCUUACUGCAUACACAGCUGCUUGCCAAGAUGCGCUUGGCAAAGUGGAAUCCUGGAGAACCAACAGUUUCUGCCCUACAACCUGUAAGGCACACAGCCACUAUGAGGUUUGUGCAACAGGAUGCCCGCAGACCUGCCGUGGCCUCACUGAGCCCAAAGCCUGUGAGGGCACUCCCUGUGUUGAAGGCUGCACAUGUGACAAAGGCUUUGUCCUGAGCGAUGGUGAGUGUGUGGCUGCACAGCAGUGUGGCUGUUCUUACGAGGGCCGUUACUAUCAACUGGGUCAGGAGUUCUUCCCUCAAGACAAGUGCCAGCAGAGAUGUGAGUGCAAAGAGAAUGGAAGAGUUCAGUGUAAUGAUGGAUUCACCUGCAAGCCAAACGAGAAGUGCCAGGUCCUGAAUGGAGUUCAGGGCUGUUUCCCGGAGAGCAAAGCAGUUUGUUCAGUGUCAGGCUUUGGGCUUUAUCAGUCAUUUGAUGGGAAGUCCUUCACUGUUAAAGGAGACUGUGAGUAUAGAUUGGCAGAGACAGCUCAGGACAAGGAUAAGGACAUGAGCUCCUUCAGUGUGUUAGUGAAACAGCAGUCCUCCUCUGAGAUAGUCCUUACUCGAAGAGUGGAGAUAAAAAUAAAGCAAUCCACGAUUACUCUGCUGCCUGGCCACAUCUGGGAGGUUCAGGUGGACAAUGUUAAAACCAAUCUCCCUGUGACUGUGGAUGAAGGACUGGCACAAGUCUAUCAGAGCGGUGUUAACAUUGUUGUGGAAACAGACUUUGGACUGAAACUGACGUAUGAUACAGUCUCCAUGGCCAAAAUCGAGAUCCCAUCCACUUUUAAAAAUGCAGUCAAAGGUCUCUGUGGUAACUACAAUGGAAACAGUGCAGAUGAUUUUGUCUUGCCAGAUGGUAUUCAGACAUCUUCCGUGGAAUAUUUUGCUGAGGCCUGGGUUUCACCAUCAGAUAAAAUGAUGUGCCAAACAAUUUGUGGCUCCAAAUGCUUAAAUCCAGACAAAGACAAACAGACAGAGGCAGAAACAUCUUGCAGUAUGCUAAUCGCAGAGAAGGGACCAUUUUCUAGGUUGUUACGAAAAAAUUCCACCUCAGAAAUUCUUUGAUGAAUGUGUCAAAGAUGUGGCAGCUCAACCAAAUGACAAAACAGUUCACUGUCGCCACAUACAGAGGUAUGUUGCCAGCUGUCAAGAGAUUGGGAUGUCAGUCAACAUCUGGAGGAGUAACACCUUCUGUCCACUCGAGUGUUCAGCCAACAGUCACUAUGAGCUUUGUGCUGACACCUGUUCUUCAACCUGCGCCAGCCUGACUAACUCGCAGA